UUUGCAAAUCUAAAUACACUAGCUAUCAGCAAUCCUCACUCUCCAUUCUCUUAUCAUUGUUUCUGCAGUAUUUAUCUUUUCAAGAAAUGGGAAAACUGCUUCUUGCAUUUGCAAUCUGGCUGCAAUUCUGCAACUAUUUUGCUAUCAAUGUUAAUGCAUUUGCCCCAUCAGGAUGGAUGAAAGGUCAUGCUACAUUUUAUGGAGGAAGUGAUGCCUCAGGAACUAUGGGAGGGGCUUGUGGAUAUGGAAACUUGUAUUCUACUGGUUAUGGGACUAGGACUGCUGCUUUAAGCACUGCUUUAUUCAAUGAUGGAGCUUCAUGUGGAGAAUGCUACAGAAUUAUGUGUGAUUUUCAAACGGAUUCCAGAUGGUGUAUUAAAGGCAGGUCUGUGACUAUUACUGCAACAAAUUUCUGCCCCCCGAAUUUUGCUCUUCCAAACAACAAUGGAGGCUGGUGCAACCCUCCCCUCCAGCAUUUCGAUAUGGCCCAGCCUGCUUGGGAAAAGAUUGGUAUUUAUAGGGGAGGGAUCGUGCCUGUUUUGUUCCAAAAGGUUCCUUGCAAGAAGCAUGGUGGAGUCAGAUUCACUAUUAAUGGAAGAAACUACUUUGAGCUCGUAUUGAUUACCAAUGUAGCUGGAGCUGGAUCCAUUCAAUCUGUGUCCAUUAAAGGCUCAAAAACAGGCUGGCUGGCAAUGUCAAGAAACUGGGGGGCUAAUUGGCAAUCUAAUGCUUAUCUCAAUGGCCAAUCUUUGUCCUUUAAGGUCACAACUACUGAUGGACAGACUCGAUUCUUUACAGACAUUGUUCCAGCAAAUUGGGGGUUUGGCCAGACUUUCCAAAGCUCAGUACAGUUCUAAAUUAAUCAUCAGCAGCUUUAGAGUUCAACCUCUAAAUUGGCUGAGGCGUGCUUAUAAUUUUACUAGAGCAGCCCGCCACAAUUUUUUCUUUUUCUUGAUGUUGGCCGGGACAGUACUGUUCUGGCUCUGGAUUGUGCUUUGAAGAGGGAGGGUGAGGAUCAGGCGAUCCCGUGAACUCAAGGCUAGCUGCUCCUGCGCUGUUGUGCUUUCCAAUCCAAGGAAGCAAAUUAAGCUCGACACGGAACAUUUGGAGAUCAGGGAUUUGCAGAGUAGUAUAUAGUUGCGGCUUAAUAAGAAGCGCAAUCAAUUUGCAGCUUAAUCAUAUAAAUAAUAACUUUAUCUGGGUUAUCUUAAGCUUGUAAAAUAAAAGAUUUCUUUUUUCUUUUUCCAAUUCAUAUGCUUGUAACAUGAUUCUAUGAGAUACAAGAAUCGAUCCACCAAUAGAUUUGAUGAC